CUCGAUUUAACCACGAGCCACGACAGCUGACAAGUGUCAGGAGCGUCGUCAGUGUGUGCCAGUGAGGAGGUGUAGCAUUUAUUUCGUCUGCUGCUGCUGCUGCUGCGCCACUACUACUGCGAGUUUGCUGCGCGCUCCCGGUUUAGAGCAUAUAUGCACAGUAGUUGUUCAAGAUACUCGUGCGAAUAACAGCAAUCUCGCGCGCGCGCGCGCGCGCUCGCCUGUGUAUGCGUAUGUGUUAUGUUUGUCAGUUUUAUGAUAACAUUGUGAAUCCGCAUUAUCCGUGUUUGUUGUCUUCCGAGAUUGACUGACCUACCGGCACCGACUGGUCGGGAUUUUGGCUCCGGACUCCCGCUUACAUUGUUCCUCUCGGCAGGAGCACCGGCAUUAGAUUCCCGAUCCAGUUGCAACAAACAGAGCCAGCCAGCCAGCCAGCCAACCGACCAGAAGCCAAAGCGAAGCGCCACUCGCCCUCUCUAGAGCUGACAACGUUCUAGGAUGUAAGCGAAGAGAACACGAAGCAGUCGGCCCUUUGUCGUCCGUCAGUGAGUGGCGAGCGAGCAGCUCGAACUCGAGAACCGAACCGGGUAGUGUGCGGAUCCGUAGGCCGCUGGCAGUAUGCAGACAGCGACAGACGACGUUGCUGCGCUCGCUAUCAUCAUCACCAUUCUUCUGCGCGGAUCCUAGACACACACACACAGACACACAUCUAUCAACCAGCAUCCUCCGGCAUUAACCGUCCGGUGUCAACGCGCGUCAAUCAAACAGGAUCGAUCGCGCGAAGGAAAGAAAAAAGGCGAUCAUGUGGUGGUGCGGUGCAGGGCUGCGGAGCCGGUCGGCCGGCCGGGCGCAAUGCCUGCUGCAGCUGGUACUGGUUGCGGUGGUGCUGGUUCGCAUCGGGACCGCCGCCGCCGCAAACUACAAGGUGGGAGUUGGCCGAGCCGACUGUACUGGCCCUUCGGUGGAGAUCACUUUCAUGGGCUAUGCCCAGAUAACGCAGCGAGGCACCGGUAUCCAUCUGCGCCAGUACGCCCGCUCGUACAUCGUGGACGAUGGUAGCGGCGGACGGUUCGUGUUCGUGAGCGUCGACGCCGGUAUGAUGGGGCACGCCGUGAAGCGGGAUGUUGUGGCGGUGCUGCAGAAGAAGUACGGUACGCUGUACACGCAGGCGAACGUCGUGAUCAGCGGUUCGCACACCCACUCGACACCGGGUGGUUUCCUGAUGUAUCUGCUGUACGAUCUCACCUCGCUCGGCUUCGUAGCGGAAACGUUUAACGCGCUCGUGCACGGUAUCGCCCAGAGCAUCAUCCGGGCACACAACAACAUGGUCGAGGCGCGGUUGUACGUGGCCGAAACCGAGGUACUGGAGGCGAACAUCAACCGGAGCCCGAGCGCCUACGAGAACAAUCCACCGGAGGAGCGUGCCCAGUAUCGGCACAACGUGGACAAGGGUUUGGUGCAGCUGCAGCUGGUGAGCGCACGGGAUGAGAGCGUGGUGCUCGGUGCGAUCAACUGGUUCGCCGUCCAUCCGACCUCGAUGAACAACACGAACCGGCUGGUAUCGAGCGAUAACGUCGGAUACGCGUCGCUCCUGCUCGAACAGGAACAGAACGCCGGUGCGUUGGUGGGAAAGGGCGAGUUUGUCGGUGUGUUCGCGUCCAGUAACCUGGGCGACUCGUCGCCCAACAUACGCGGUCCGAAAUGCGAGAAGACGGGCCUACCGUGCGACGUGCUGACCUCGUCGUGCCCGAGCGGUGCCGGUGCCUGCUUUGCAUCCGGGCCUGGCAACGACAUGUACGAGAGUACGGCCCUGAUCGCCGACCGGCUUUACCGGGCCGCAUCCGAUCUGCUGGCGGCCCGCAACGGGCGCGAAAUAACCGGCCCGAUCGGGUACGCGCACCAGUACAUCGAUAUGACGGUGGCCGAGGCGUCCUACCAUGAUCCGGCCACACAGCGUACCGAGCGCGUCCGCGGUUGUCUCCCGGCCAUGGGUUACAGUUUUGCCGCCGGUACGACCGAUGGUCCGGGAGCAUUCGAUUUCCAGCAGGGCACGAUCACGGACAACGUGCUGUGGAAUGCGGUGCGCGAUUUCAUCGCCGAACCGACGCCGGACGACAAGGAGUGCCAGGCACCGAAACCGAUCCUGCUGGCGACGGGUCGGGCCCGCUUCCCGUACGACUGGCAGCCGAAGAUCGUACCGACGCAGGUGGUGACGGUGGGCGAUUUUGCGAUCGCCGCCGUACCGGGUGAAUUCACGACGAUGGCCGGGCGCCGCCUGCGGGCAGCCGUAUCGCGGGCUUCGGUGGCAGCCGGAGGACGCGAGCUGCAGGUCGUCGUGGCCGGCCUAUCGAACAUGUACAGCAGCUACGUGACCACGCCGGAAGAGUACGAGAUACAGCGGUAUGAGGGUGCGUCCACACUGUACGGUCCCCACACGCUGACGAUCUAUCUCGAGCAGUACGGUCGGUUGGUUGCUGGGGCGAUCGUACCGAAUGGGACGCUCGAACCGGGACCGACGCCACCGUACGAGGACGAUAAGCAGAUAUCGCUCACGACGGGCGUCAUCUUCGAUUCGCACCCGCUCGGCAAAGACUUUGGCGAGGUGAAGCUGCAACCGUUGGCGGAGUACGGGCGAGGCGAAACCGUGUCGACCGUCUUUAUCGCUGGCAAUCCGCGCAACAAUCUGAUGCACGACAAGAGCUACUUCACCGUCGAGCGGCUAAGCGGCGAUGGAGCGGCGGACGGUGACGAGGCGGUCGGUGCCUGGACUGUUGUUGCCACCGAUGCGAAUUGGGAAACGAGGUUCCGCUGGGAGCGCACCUCAACCAUUCUCGGGUUCAGUGAUAUUGAGUUCCAGUGGACGAUUGGUUCGGCCACCGUCCCCGGUACCUACCGCAUCCGGCACUUUGGUUACUACCGUUACAUCCUCGGCGGGGUGUACCCGUACGUGGGUAUUACCAACUCGUUCACGGUAUCGUAAACCGUGUGCGUACUGCUGCCACAUUGGUUAGCUUCGGCAUUCUAGAUAAUGGUGGUGCAGUCCGAUGAGUGGGUGUGGCGGAGUGCAGACAGAGCAGCAGAAGAAGAAGCGGACGGCACGGCACUGCACCUUUUUUUCUUUCCUACCAAAUAGACUAGUCAAUGAGUAGAGUAGUUAGUGAAUGUUAUUUUUAGACCAUUUAGUGACGGCAAUUUUAUUGUUAAAUACAUAAGUCGACUACUACACAGAGA